AUGCAGCAAGUUACACAAGGUACGAAAAACACCAAUUCGCGUUGCCAACUUCACCAACUAUUUUUUUCUCAAUUAUUAGUGAUUGCGCACGGGAAAUGCAUCCUUCAGCAUAUCGAUAGUGUAGUGUGUGCCGUUGCAUCGUCCAGUUGGAACCACAAGUUUUACAAACCCAACUCAUCAAGUUGCGGCAAAAAGAAAUCGUUAAUCAUUACCAAUUCCUUGUCACUGGACCCCUCGUACACCAGUAUUUUGCAAGAGGAAUGGCAGCAAGCGAAAUCCUUCAAAUCCAUACCAGGUCCAAAAAAAUUUCAACUGAUACGUGAUUUUAUGUCUGGUGGAGAUUUCCAUGGUAAAACUUUUGACUCGGUUCUGCGGAUGUGUCGUCAACGUUACGGAGAUGUGUAUUUAAUGCCCGGUAUGUUUGGUAAACAAACAAAUUUGAUUACCUUCAAUUUGGCGGAUCAUGAGAAAAUAUUUCGCACCGAAGGACCACAUCCUCUGAGACCGGGUAAUGAAAUUAUUUUCGAUUAUCGUUUGCAGCGUAAGAACGAUGGUCUCUACGAUGCCGAGAAUUUAGGUGUGGCGGGGAAUGGCGCCCAAUGGGGAAGAUUCCGUCAUGCCGUUAAUCCUGUUUUAAUGCAGCCAAGGAAUACUGUGCUCUAUAUAGAACCCACACAAAAGGUUAAUAAUGAUUUUAUUGAGAGAAUCCGUGAAAUACGCCAUCCAACUACCCUUGAAGUACCUGAGGAUUUUCUCAGAGAGAUAAAACGCCUUGCUUUCGAAUCCGUGGCCGUAAUUGCCUUGGAUAAGGAAUUGGGUUUAGUGAGAAAUAAAAACGCUGUACCGGAAGCUCAAGAACUCUUCAAUAAUCUCCAGACAUUCAACGCCUCCCUCUAUGAUCUGGGUAUAAAACCAUCUAUCCAUAGAUAUAUUAAAACGCCCACCUAUAAGAAGUUUGAAAAAUCCAUGGAUACCAUAACGGACAUCUGUCGAAGACAUGUGGAGGAGACAUUGCAACGGAUUGAAGGUCGUGGGGCAGACGAUGGAAAAAGUGUCUUGGAAAAACUAGUGAAAAUUGAUCGUAAAAUUGCCACCAUUAUGGCUGUGGAUAUGUUAAUGUUCGGAGUGGAUCCAACCUCCUCAAUUAUGUCGGCGGCCCUGCUUUGCAUUGCCACAAAUCCGGAGAAGCAGGAAAGGCUGAGAAAAGAAAUACUCACAGCCAUUGGACGCAAUGAGGCAUUUUCCAUGGAAAAUAUGAAAAACUUACCCUACUUGAGGGCCUGCAUCAAGGAGUCGAUGCGACUUUAUCCCCUGAUUUUUGGUAACAUGCGUACCACAGCCAUGGAUUUGUGUCUAAGUGGUUACCAAGUGCCCAAGGGUACUCAUGUCUUCCUAACCUCAAAUAUGCUCUUGAAGGAAGAAUGCUAUUUUCCUCAAGCCAAUGAAUUCAUACCGGAACGAUGGUUGCGUAUGAAGGAUAUGGAUAAUCUUAAGAUCAGCAAUCCAUUUGUGUUUUUACCAUUUGGCUUCGGACCCCGCUCAUGUGUGGGAAAACGUAUUGUCGAGCUGCAGUUGGAGAUUACAUUGGCCAAUAUUAAAUUUGUUUUGAUUAGUCUCUGCGCCCAUCAAGCUGUUUGCCUUCAAAUAUUCGCAGCCAGUCAUUGUUUUUCUUUGGUCGAGGAAGGUAUUAAAGCAUUGAAGAUGUUAUCAAGUCUUGCCAGAAGACAACUACGUCGUAGUGACCUGAAUACAAUAUGGACUUGUGCAAAAUAUUCUACAGCGGUCAAUGUUAAGGCCGACACAAUUGCCCUGGAGAGCUCCUACACCAGUGCCUUGGCCGAAGAAUGGCAAACAGCAAAAUCGUUCAAAUCCAUACCGGGUCCAACGAAAUUUCAAAUGGUCCGUGGUUUCAUGAAGGGUGGUGAUUUCCAUGGAAUGCCUUUUGAUACCUUCAUCAAACUGUGUCGUCAACGAUAUGGCGAUAUUUAUUUACUACCCGGCAUGUUUGGCCAAAGUACAAAUUUGAUUACCUUCAAUUUGGAGGAUUAUGAAAAAAUUUUCCGCACCGAAGGACCAUAUCCAGUGAGGCCUGGCAAUGAAGUGAUCUUCGAAUAUCGUUUGGCCCGUAAGGAUGGUCUCUACGAUGAGGGUAAUUUGGGUGUUGCCGGCAAUGGAACCCAGUGGGGUAAAUUUCGUCAUGCCGUCAAUCCGGUGUUGAUGCAGCCCAGAAACACGGUACUCUACAUAGAUCCAACACAAAAAGUGAAUAAUGAUUUUAUUGAGAGAAUUCGCAAAAUACGUAACCCAUCCACCCUUGAAGUUCCCGAAGAUUUCCUCUCCGAAAUCAAACGUUUGGCCUUUGAGUCCGUGGCUGUUAUUGCAUUGGACAAAGAUUUGGGUUUGGUGCGCAACAAGGCCUCAGUGCCUGAGGCUCAAGAGCUCUUCGAUAAUUUACAAAGCUUCAGCAGAUCCCUCUACGACCUGGGCGUAAAACCCUCCCUUUACAGAUACAUUAAAACGCCAAGCUAUAGACGUUUUGAGAAUUCCAUGAACACUGUUACGGACAUUUGUAGCAAAUUUGUUGAUGAGGCAUUGCAACGGAUUGAGACUCGUGGCGAUCAGGCGGAGGGUAAAAGUGUUUUGGAGAAAUUAAUCAAAAUCGAUCGGAAAAUUGCCAUUAUUAUGGCUAUUGAUAUGCUUAUUGCCGGUGUUGAUACCACAUCCUCGGUUAUGUCAGCCAUAAUGUUGUGCCUGGCCACCAAUCCUGAGAAACAAGAGAAGUUAAGGCAGGAGAUUUUAACAAAUAUUGGCAAAAGUGAAAACUUUACAAUGGAAAAUAUGAAAAAUGUACCCUAUCUCAGAGCUUGCAUUAAGGAAUCGUUGCGCACAUAUCCUCUGGUGUUUGGCAAUAUGCGAGCCUUGGGCCAGGAUUUGUGUUUGAGCGGCUAUCAAGUGCCCAAGGGUACAAAUGUCUUUUUGACUUCAAAUCUCCUGCUGCAAGAGGAAAAAUAUUUCACCAAGGCCAAAGAAUUUAUUCCAGAACGUUGGUUACGCUCCUCCAGUGCCGAAGAUAUCACAGCCCGAAAUACUAAUCCAUUUAUAUUUUUACCAUUUGGCUUUGGGCCACGUUCGUGUGUGGGAAAACGUAUUGUUGAUCUACAACUGGAGAUUACAUUGGCGAAUAUUGUGCGCAACUUUAAAAUGGAAUAUAACUAUCCGACGGAGAAUGCCUUCAAGAAUUACUUUAUGAAUACCUGUGUUAUACCGUUGAAAUUUAAGUUUACUGAUUUGAAAUAAAAACAGAACUUUGAAUAUACUCCACCAUUGGAAACGAG